UACUUGGAACUCAUUCUGUCUCUCUCUCUCUGUUUGUCUCUCAUCUUCAGAGCCAUUUAUUCCAACGCUGUCAUGCAGUUCCGCCAAUCGAUCCUCCUUUUUCUGUUUGUCUCUACUCUGGCGGUCAUGGCCAAAGACCCCUCGUGUUCGAACGGCUUGAAGGUUUUUUGCUUCUCUACGCAAGAGUUGAAGAACGCAAAGGGCCCAAACGACUCUGUCACCUUUGUUGCCCCGGCUGAAAGCCAGCCAAAGUCUUGCGUAGAUUUGAUUCGCAACAAACCUAACGGCCCACAGGAUGGAGUGGGCCACUGCUGUUCUGCGACCACUUUGCAGGGAACUGGUCCGGGUACAGGAUCAACAGCGCAAGUAUCCUUGGCAGUAGUGCAAGCAGCUUGCCCUGAUACUAAAGCUCCUACCAAUGAAUGAGACCAACAAAUCUUUAGUUCAAUUUUCCCUGCAAUCUAACGGUCCACUUUCCUGUCCUAGGAUAGAUUUAUGAAACACAAAAGGCCUUCAAGCUCAAGGGC